GCAGAUAGGACCAUUUUUGGAGCCAAAAUGGAAGGAGCAGUCAGUGAGCCAAUGAGAGACCAGGUGGCACGGCCGCAUUUGACAGAGGACAUUCCCAAAGCAAAGAAAUGCACAGUGAUCGGAGGCUCUGGAUUCCUGGGGCAGCACAUAGUGGAGCAGUUGCUGGCAAGAGGCUACGCCGUCAAUGUAUUCGAUAUCCAGCAAGGGUUUGACAAUCCCCAGGUGCACUUCUUUCUGGGUGACCUCUGUAACCGGCAGGAUCUGUACCCAGCUCUGAAAGGUGUAAACACAGUCUUCCACUGUGCAUCGCCCCCGCCAUCCAGUAACAACAAGGAACUCUUUUAUAGAGUGAAUUACCUUGGCAUGAAGAAUGUCAUUGAAACUUGCAAAGAGGCUGGGGUUCAGAAAUUCAUUUUAACGAGCAGUGCCAGUGUCAUCUUUGAGGGCAUCGACAUCAAGAAUGGAACCGAAGACCUCCCUUAUGCCGUGAAGCCCAUUGACUACUACACUGAGACUAAGAUCUUGCAGGAGAGAGCAGUCCUGGGUGCCAAUGAUCCUGAGAGGAACUUCUUAACCACAGCCAUCCGUCCUCAUGGCAUUUUCGGCCCACAGGAUCCCUAUUUGGUCCCCGUCCUCAUCGAGGCAGCCAGGAAGGGCAAGAUGAAGUUCAUGAUUGGAAAUGGGAAGAACUUGGUGGACUUCACCUUCGUGGAGAAUGUGGCCCACGGACACAUCCUAGCUGCAGAGCACCUCUCCCAAGACGCGGCCCUGGGUGGGAAGGCGUUUCACAUCACCAAUGAUGAACCCAUCCCUUUCUGGACGUUCCUGUCCCGCAUUCUGACAGGCCUCAAUUAUGAGGCCCCCAAGUACCACAUCCCCUACUGGCUGGCCUACUACCUGGCCUUCCUGCUGUCUCUGCUAGCAAUGGUGGUCAGUCCUGUCAUCCAGCUCCAGCUCACUUUCACACCGAUGCGGGUGGCACUGGCUGGCACAUUUCACUACUACAGCUGCGAGAGAGCCAAAAAGGUCAUGGGCUACCGGCCGCUGGUCACCAUGGAUGACGCUGUGGAGAGGACCGUGCAGAGCUUUCGGCACCUGCGGAAGGUUGAGUGAGGCAUCCGGUGACUGAGCUCUCUCCAUGCAUCUCCCAGCCAGUAAGUCUCUCCCCUGUGGACCAAAGGACUAACAUCCUUCAAACGAGUUCCUUCUGAGCUGUGAGUCCUCCUGCUAGUGAGAUGAGAGCACAGCCUGCCCCUUCCAUGACCAGGAGGAUGGCGAAACAGCAGACACUUCCUCUUUCAUAGGAUUGGAUUUGGAUUUCUCAAAGCAGGCAGCUUCAUGUUUUACUGUUUUGUUCUUCUGUCUCUGUGUAUCUGUCUCCCCUCUCUCUCUUCUGGGUUCCUUAGCAUAAAGACCACCUGUGAAGUCAACCAUUUUGUUACAGUGUCCUUGUACAUAAUCAAGGACACAGUAGGGAGAGGCAACCCAUUUGCUAGUUGAGGCAGGGAACCAUUUCUGUGCAAUUAGAAGCCACUAGACUCUGUUCAAGGAACUACAUCUUAAAAAUGUCCUAGAAAAAAAUCAGAAGAUGUAAACACAUGUGUGAGACUUCAUAUGUACAUUUUGUAUCUGCACAAUUUGGAGCAAAAACUUAAAAAAGCUUAAAACAACUGUAAUCCCCCCCCUAGUCCCUAGGGAGAAAACUUCUGGUCGAUCAACUCCUUACAUGCUUCCAUGUUCACUCUCGGGUACUGUCAGCGUGCCUGCCUGCAUUGUUUUUCAUAAAACAUUUCUCUUAAUCAACAGAGUCCUGUUGUCAUUUUUAGUGGCAAGGUGAUCUGGCCCAGUGACAUUCAGUUUAAGCUGUUUAGCUCCUCUCCUGAGGUGUGACAUCAGGCUGGUUGGCAGUAGGCCAGGGAGGAGAGAGCCUACUUUAACUCCUCGGAGUUCGGGCAGAAACUCCAUGACAUGAUCCAGAAAGGGCUGGUUCCUUGUAGCUCAUGCUCAUAGAAUCCUCCAGACCAGUUUCCAAAGGGCAUAGCACAUUUAAUAAUUCAGCUUUUUCUGUUUUCUGGUGAUGGUCUGCCUACAGAGCCUGGUUUCUUCUCAGACUAAUUGAAAUGUAAUCUUAAAGAGUUCUGUUUUCCUCCGCAUUUGUCCCAGGGUGGGGAGGCAUCUGGGGAUACCAGAAUAAAGUGAAGGCAUUGUA